GAAUAUUAAAAACACUUAUGUAUAUAUACAAUUAUAUACAAUAUAUAUAAGGAGAUAUAUCUCUUUUGUUUUUAAAAAUUAUGAUGUAAACUAUUAUUUUGGACAACACAAUAUAAAUUAUUUUUAUAUAAUGAUGAUUACCAAAUAACAAUUCAUUAUAAAUUACGAUAGUAUAAUAACAAACCUAAUUAUUUAUUUAAGAUAUGAAUAUUUUAUAACAAAAUAUAAAUUAUUUUAAGACAAUGAUAAUUCUCAAAUCAAUAAAAUUUCUUUUUAAUUAAUUGUUAAUUAUAUACUAACAGAUCUAUUUAUUUAUUAAGGAUAAUAAAUCUUUAAGCUGAUUUAAAUUUAAGUAUGAGAGUUCAGAGGUAAAAAAUCACUUUACAAAUUACAAUAUAAAUUAUUAAAAUAAAUAUAAAUUAAUUAAUUAAAUAAAAACUUAAUUAUACCCAAAUAAUCCGCGCGUAGCGCGGAUAAAAGAUCUAGUGUUAUAAUAAGAAUAAAAUCUCAUGACUGAGAAAAGAAGCAAAGAAAUCUCUUCCACUAUAUAUGCGCUUGACAUAUGUGACAAAGACCCCCAAAGAAUAAAACACACAGAGCACUCAGCGGAAGAAAACCCCAUUAAACCUCCGGCAAAACUCCGGCGUAAUCUAUGGCGGAGGAGAAUCAAGAUCACACCCUCGAAUUGAAACCAAGAAGAAAACAACCACACUUUGUGCUAAUACACGGCAUGAGCUUAGGAUCAUGGUGCUGGUACAAAAUCAAGUGUCUCUUGGAAGUCUCUGGCUACACCGUCACUUGCAUCGACCUCAAAUCCUCAGGCAUAGAUCCUUCCUCUGCCGAUACUCUAACUUCCUUCGACCAAUACAACCAACCACUCGUCGACUUCCUCUCCUCCUUACCCGAACAAGAACAGGUGAUACUUGUGGGCCACAGUGCAGGAGGGCUUAGUGUAACGAGCUCGAUCCAGAGAUUCCCUAAGAAGAUCUGUCUGGCUGUUUAUAUCGCAGCCACAAUGCUCAAAUUCGGGUUUCAGACAGAUGAAGAUCUGAAAGAUGGAGUGCCUGAGCUAUCAGAACAUGGUGAUGUCUAUGAGCUCGGUUUCGGUUUAGGACCCGAGAAUCCUCCUACUAGUGCCCUUAUCAAACCUGAGUUCAGACGAAAGCUCCUUUACCACAUGACUCCUCAACAGGAGUGUGUAUUGGCUGCGUUAAUGAUGAGACCAGCUCCGCUUCUGGCGCUCACAACUGCGAAAAUGGAAGAGGCAAAAGGGCAGGAAGAGGAGGAGGAGCAGGUGCCGCGCGUGUACAUCAAGACAUUGCACGACCGGGUGAUGAAACCGGAGCAGCAGGAGGCGAUGAUGAAACGGUGGCCACCGAGACAAGCUUAUGAAGUGGAUAGUGACCAUUCACCUUUCUUUUCUAACCCUUUUGUUCUCUGCGGUUUACUCAUUAAAGCUGCCGUUUCUGUGGGUUCUAUCUAAAGCACAAAGGAUUAUGCGUGUGUUUUGUUGUUGUUGUAGUUGUGUGUGGUUGAUUAAAAACCCGGUUUAAGUGAUUGGUUUAUGGGCCUAGUGGAGAUGGUAUUUAAUAAUAAAAAAACAAAAUUGUUUAAUUUAUUUUAGUUUAUAA